CAAAACUGAGGUAGCAAAUAUCAAUAAUAUAUUCGAGUAGUAGGAAGAGUUUAGAAAAACAUAAAAAAUGAGAACAAACUGCUGCAACUCCACAAGGUUCUUUUCUCGCGAAUUCAAUCGCGCAUCGUAUGGAACUCGUCAGCUCAAUUUUAGCCAAUACCGGCCACUGCACCGAGCAAUACUGGAUGGCGAUUGGGAGAGAGUGGAAAAAUUUUACAAGUCACAUCGAGGAGCAGAGACUGCUAGAAUCACAGAAAGCAAGGAUACGGCGCUGAUGGUAGCGAUUAUGUCGGGGCAGAAAAUAGAAUUCGUAAAGAAGCUUAUGCAGUGUGGAUGGUUGGAUUUGACAACAGUGAACAAAGAGGGGAAUACUGCACUUCAUGAAGCUGCAAUUGUUGGUCAUUUAAAGGCUGCUGAGUUACUAGUGGGAAAAGUCCCAAGCUUGCUAGACAGUCGUAAUUCGGAUGGGUAUGUACCACUUCACUUGGCCGCUGCCAAUGGUCAGAGGGAGAUUCUGUGUUAUUUUCUGAAACAAGGUGUGGGGCUAUCGGAAUUGGAGUUGGACAUGCUUAUGCAUCUUGAAAUAACUGCCAGAUUCUUUGAUUUGGCUAUUUAUUUACUUGAAAGCAACUGUAGAUUAGCAUUGUCCAAGUGGCAGGGUGUCCCUCAUUUGGAAAUAUUAGCCCAAAUGCCAUGUGCUUUUCCUAGCGGAACAAAAUUAAACAUAUGGAAGCGUUUUAUCUAUCAUUUUGUUCCGGUUCUAAAGGAUCCUUUUGACUUCGGAAGUUUACCGAAUGCUACUGUGGACACGGAGAACCAACUUCAAAGUUCACAAGCACCAACAACCUGCUCCGGGAUUCAAAGUUCAAAAGACUACUUCUUCUCUGUGCCACAUGUCAAGCACAUUCAAGAGAUCAAAUCAAUGCAUGAUUGCACAAAAUUGUUUGUGAGAAUGUUUUGCCAGAAACUUCAGAAUAGUCCAGAACAUUCAUCAAUCCUUAAAAAGGCCUUUCUAUUAGGGGCAAAAAAUGGGAUUCACGAAAUAGUAGAAGAGAUCUUAGUGGUAGUUCCGGAAGCAAUUUCUUGUGUAGACGAAGAGGAGCAUUCUGCUCUCCAUCUUGCAGUCAUGUACCGUCAUGAACAUGUUUUCAACUUCAUUAUUCAACAAAUGGGAGUGGGUAAAAAGUUAUUGUUGAAAGUCGACAAUGAAGGCAACAAUAUCUUGCACUUGGUUGGACGAAUGCCAUAUCAGCCACAACUUGAAGUUGUUUCUGGUGCAGUUUUACAAAUGCAGCAUGAAGUGCAAUGGUACAAGGAAGUAGAAAAGCUUGUGCCGGUGCAGGCAACAACAGCAAUGAACCAUGAAGGAAAGACACCUAUGAUGGUAUUUGAAGAGGACCAUCGCCGUAUGAUCCAAUCUGAACAGCAAUGGAUUGUAAGCCUAGCAAGUGCAUGCACUGUUUCAACAACAAUCAUUGGCACAAUAGCAUUUUCGGCAGCCAUUCAAGUGCCAGGGGGAAACAGAGGUGAUGGCCGCCCAACCUUAUAUGAGGGAACCGACUUCACAAUAUUUGCCAUAUCAAAUGCAGUCGCUCUAUACUCGGCCAUCUCCACAUUCUUAAUCUUUUUAUCCAUCUUCACUACACGCUAUGCAGCAAUUGAUUUUCUAUAUUCCCUGCCCAAUAGAUUAAUAAUUGGCCUGAUUUCCCUGUUUGUCUCUAUAACAUCCACUAUUAUAGCUUUCGGUUCUGCCCUAUAUCUCAUGUUUUUCCUAGAAAGCCAACCUCUGAUUCUUACUCCAGUGGUCAUAAUGUCCUUUGGACUAGUGACUCUGUUUGCUUUCUUGCAAUUUCCCCUCCUCCUAAAUAUGAUGAAAACCACAUAUGGCCCAAGCAUGUUCAACCUUUCGGAUGGAAGAAAUAGUCGAAAAGGCAUAAGAUUUUGAGCUUCCUUAGAUGUACGCCGUAUCAAAAUUAAAAUGCAACAUUGCUCAUCGAUGCCAUAGCGAAAUACGCAAGAUGAAUAAAACUCUCAUUUCCCCUUGUUCUCCCUCUGUAAUAUUAAAUGUGUGCUUGUGGGCAAUAAUUGUAAGCACUCCAAUUGAGUGAUUAGUGAAUGUGAUUACUGCUUUAGUUUGUUA